AUGUUACACCACCAUUGUCGAAGGAACCCUGAGCUCCAGGAAGAAUUGCAGAUUCAGGCUGCCGUGGCUGCUGGGGACGUUCACACCGUCCGGAAGAUGUUAGAGCAAGGUUAUUCUCCAAACGGCCGAGAUGCUAAUGGCUGGACCCUGCUUCAUUUCUCUGCAGCAAGGGGAAAAGAGAGAUGUGUCCGAGUAUUUCUAGAACACGGAGCUGAUCCUACAGUAAAGGAUUUAAUCGGAGGCUUCACUGCUCUUCAUUACGCAGCCAUGCACGGCCGGGCCCGAAUCGCACGCUUGAUGUUAGAAUCUGAGUAUAAGAGUGACAUCAUUAAUGCCAAAAGCAAUGAUGGCUGGACUCCCCUCCAUGUGGCUGCUCACUAUGGAAGGGACUCGUUUGUCCGCCUCCUACUAGAGUUCAAAGCUGAGGUCGACCCACUCAGUGAUAAAGGUACCACGCCGCUUCAACUAGCCAUUAUCCGAGAGAGGUCAAGCUGUGUGAAAAUUCUCCUGGACCACAAUGCCAAUAUUGACAUUCAGAACGGUUUCCUGUUACGUUACGCUGUGAUCAAAAGCAACCACUCUUAUUGCCGAAUGUUCCUGCAGAGAGGGGCAGACACAAACUUGGGUCGCUUAGAAGAUGGACAGACUCCUUUACACUUGUCUGCCCUUAGGGAUGAUGUGCUUUGUGCACGGAUGUUAUAUAAUUAUGGAGCGGACACGAACACAAGGAACUAUGAAGGACAGACCCCGUUGGCUGUUUCAAUAAGUAUUUCUGGAAGUAGUCGACCGUGUUUGGAUUUCUUACAAGAAGUAACAAGGCAGCCCAGAAACUUACAGGACCUGUGCCGAAUUAAAAUUCGACAAUGCAUAGGCCUCCAAAACCUAAAACUACUUGAUGAUCUGCCAAUUGCCAAGGUCAUGAAAGACUACUUAAAACACAAGUUUGAUGAUAUCUGA